AUGGCGUCUUCUAUCUCUAGAAAACUCUCCGGCGCGAUAUUCUCCAGAUACGGACGAAAUACCUCAGUAACGAAGCUGAAUUCACUUCCUUCCUGCACCAGAACCCUAUUUUCCGCAGAAAACGAUUCACACUCCGAGUCCGACUCGGAACCCGCCACACUCACCCCCGAUCAGUCCCCUCCAGACCAAAAACCUCCCGUCUUCGAACGGACGCUCGAGGACGGCCUCGACAUCGGCAUCUACAAGGCAAUAUUGGUUGGGCAGCUAGGGCAGGCGCCUAUCCAGAAGAAACUCAGGAGCGGCAGAACGGUCACGCUGCUGUCCUUGGGAACCGGAGGCAUUCGGAACAACCGGCGGCCGCUGGAUAACGAGGACCCGAGGGAGUACGCCAACCGCUGUAAUGUGCAGUGGCAUCGGGUUUCCGUCUACCCGGAGAAGCUGGGUGACCUCGCCGCCAAGAAUUUCGUCCCUGGCUCGAUCCUGUACGUGGAAGGGAAUCUGGAGUCAAAGGUCUUCAACGACCCUAUCACGGGCCUCGUCCGGCGGAUUCGAGAGGUGGCAGUCCGGAGGAAUGGGCGGGUUGUGUUCCUGGGAAAUGGAGGUGGUUCGGAGCAGACUUCCAGGGCUGAUGUCUCGGGAGCCAAACCCAAACGGGAAAAGGGGAUCAUAAUGUGGGUCCCCUACGUUCAUGGGAAGCUGCUCGACCGACUUAAACCAAGUCCUGGCGAGUUUUCCCGUGAAACCGACAUCGGCUACUCCUUGGCCUUCUGUCCCUGGAAGCCAUGCAGCCACGAGUGCAUCUAUCUGGGCAAGGGCUCGACUGUGAGUGGGCGCCCAGAUAUUAUGACAACUACACAUCUGAGGGCCCCACAGACAUUCUUGAUUGUGCUUGGCCCUGGUUCGGCUAUGCUUAGGUUCUUGCUGUCUCCAAACAUCUCGGCAAUAUCAAUGAACUCCAUAAAAUUUUCGGCGAGCAUAACCUGGACAAGUCCGGGCGCAAAAGUGUAUGGGAUUCCUGUGGCUCUAACUUCAAUUGCAGUGGCUGCACCAAUCCUUUUCACAAGGUCUGGGUCUCUGUUUGAAUCAUCUUCCCUGUUAGAUGCCUCUCUUUUUUCCAACGUUGUGAGGAAAAAUAGUAGCAUUGUAGACAUUAUUGUUGCCAUGAACAGCAUCAGUCCCAUAAAUGAUUGGGAUGCCGAGUCGGGUCGAGAGCGCACCCGUUUGAAGAUCAUUCACCAUUUUGACCCAUUCCUCUGCCCCGGCUUUUGCCCCGGGCCCACUGCCCGCUCCACUAAACACACUUCCUAU